GCAGGUUUUAUUAAAAAAUUUUGAUGGUGUCAUCACUGAAAUUUCUUUAUUAAAACUGGCAAUAAUAUCAAAUUAGGCUAAUCUACAAGUUAACUAGUCAACCUUAAAAACGCCAAACACAAAAGUAGUCAAAGGGUAUAGGUAUAUUGGCUAAUUGACUAUUGUUCUAUUGUAUGUAGAUGAGGAUUAUAUAAAUUUCUCUUUUAUUUCCUUCUUUCGUUGGUGUUGUUUGUUGUUGUGUUGUGGUUAAUGCGGCAAGUAUGUCACUAUACUAACUACACCAAUGUCCUUAGUAUUUCUACAUUGUUCUUUGCCUUGGGCCUUUUGCUUUCUUUUGGUUAGUGAAGCUUUUCUUUUGCAAAAAGGUUUUCUUUUGCAAAGGUUUUCUUUUGCAAAGGUUUUCUUUUGCAAAGAUUUGCUUUGGUUAGUGAGGCCUUUAGUGAAGCCUUUAGUGAAGCUUUGGUUGUUGCUUUCACUAGUGAAGCUUUGGUUCUUUGUAUUUUGUUUCUUUCGUAGGAUUUUUUCUUUUUUUUUUUUUUGUAGGAUUUUUUUUUUUUUUUGUCACUUUCUUUUGCUUUUAGCUUCCUUUGGUAUUUCUGUUUUUUUUUGUUUCUUCUUCUUUAACGGUGAAUCUUACCUUGGUGCUGCUUGUGAUACUUGUCCUGACUUGUUGAUUGUGCUGCUCUACGUUUGUUGUGUUUGUUGGUUGUGAUUCUUUGUUCUGUUUCUUUAGACAGAAGUCAAAAUCCGAACUACUGAUACCAUUUUUGA